GGAGGAGAAGUCAGCUCGCCUCUCCAGCGGCGGUGUGUUGAUGACGAGAAAACCGUGCCUCCGCGGGUUGGCUGGCCUGGUUGCUAGGAGACGGCUGCCAGCGCGAGGAGAGGAGGUCGCGAGGACGCUGAAACUGAAAAGGAAAAGGGAAAAUGGCAAGUAACCACAAGCCUCCUACAGCGCGCCCAUCUUCAAGAGCCGGACAAGGGCUGGGAGCUCGGCCGCCGUCGUCUUCCUUACGGCCUCCAUCUGCAGCCUUACUUGGUGGAGGAAUUCCUCCAGGCACUGCAAGGCCUGGUACCCGUGGUGGAUCCGUAGGAACUGGUGUGGUUUUAUCUUCACAAAUUAAAGUUACAGACCGUCCGGUGACACACCAGGGUCUCAGUGGAAUGAAAACAGGAAUGAAAGGGCCACAGAGGCAAGUUAUGGAUAAAUCCUAUUAUUUGGGAGUGCUUAGAAGCAAAAUAAAUGAGCUUACCACAGAAAUUAACAAACUUCAGAAAGAAAUUGACAUGUAUAAUCAGGAGAAUUCUGUCUAUCUAUCAUAUGAAAAAAGAGCAGAAUCCUUAGCUAGUGAAAUCAAGGAGUUUCAGGGACAACUUGCAGACUACAAUAUGCUGGUGGAUAAGCUUAACACCAAUACUGAUAUGGAGGAAGUAAUGAGUGACUAUAAUCUGCUGAAAGCACAAAACGAUCAUGAAGCUCAAGGCAUUGACAUUAUAUUUACCGAAAGGCAAAACAAAGAAAAGCUAAUUCAGGCUGUGGAAGACGACAUCCAGCAGGAAAAGCAGGCUGCAGAAAACAUCAUCAAAAAUAUGUCUGAAGAAGAUCAAGUGAAAUACAUGGAGACAAAAGUGGCAAAUGAAAAACUUAUACAGGAAUUAUCUGCUUUACAGCAAGAGAUGGAUGCUUUGGAUAUCAAAGAACAAGCUUUAGAUGCAGAAAUAGCCCAUUCCCAGGUUAAACAAGAAGCUCUACAACUGUAUGAAAAGCUUCGUGGUCUCGAGGAACAUCGGAAUCAAAUGAUUUUAGAAGAAAAAAAUAUGGGCUCUCCCCAAGAAGAGAGAGAGAGAUUGCUAAAACAGGUGAAAGAAGACAAUCAAGAAAUAGCAAGCAUGGAGAGACAGCUGACAGAGAUAAAAGAAAAGAUUGAUCAACUUAAUGAAGGAAUACGUCAGGUUGACAUGGAUUUGGAAGAGCAGCAAGGAGAGAAGAAUCUGAAAUACAAGGAGCUGAAGAAGAGAGAGGAAAGCAUGGACAACUUUCUUGAAUCUUUUGAAGAGACGAAGAACCAGGAACUGGAACGGAAAACACAGAUAGAGGCCAAUAUUGUGGCACUUUUGGAGCACUCAAGCAGGAAUGUAAAUCGUAUGAAACAGAUAUCUUCUGUAACAAAUCAGGAGCUGAAGCUCAUGCAGGAAGACCUCACCUUCAAAUCAAGUGAAAUGCAGAAAUCACAGAGCACAGCUAAAAACCUGGAUUCAGACUGUCAGCGUCUUCGAAUGGAUCUCCAAAAAAUGGGUCUAUUGGAAGGCAAGAUGAUGGAUGAACUCUCUUCCCUCAAAGAAAAAAAUGAACAAAUGACCAAGGAUUUAGAAUUAUACAAUAAUCUGCCAGCUCUGAAAGCAGCAGGAGAAGAAAAAAAGAAGAAACUGGAAGAGAAGAAAGAAACCCUGACAAAGCGCAGGAAUGCUUGCAAGAAAAUUAUGGAACAGCUGAAUAGCGAAUAUGAAGACCUGAAGCUACAGCUGCAUGAAAAUGAGACACAUGCACAGCUUACAAAUCUGGAAAGGAAGUGGCAGCAUCUUGAACAAAAUAAUUUCGUCAUGAAAGAAUUUAUAGCAGCAAAAACCCAGGAGAGUGAUUACCAUCACAUCAUGAAGAAUGUAACGAAACAAAUUGCAGAAUAUAACAAAACUCUCAUUGAAGCUUUACAGAACAGCAGGACCUGAACCUAGGUGUUUCUUUCAUGUGUAAAUGGAUCAAUGAGAGAAUUUAUCUAAAUGCAUUGCAAGCUUUGCAAGAAUAGCCUUCAGACUUGUGCACCAGUGAAAUGCUUGAUAUUCAUUUUCAUAUACCUAUCUCAUAUAUGCUGGAUAAUAUACACACAAAAAUCCAGGAACUUUACUUUAUUCAGAAUACUGAGUUUGGUCCCGUGUUCUCAAACAAUUGGUUUGUUGAACAUACGUUAAUAUAUCUUAUUUUGACCUUGAUUACUAAGCAGUGUGACAAUUGAAGCCAUUUUGAAAUACAGCUUCUGAUGGUACUUGCUGAUGGAUCUUAUGAUUGUAUUUUAAUGGCCUAUUAAAUUCAGCAGCAGAGAAUGUUAUGUUUAUUUGUCUGCUUCUAUCCAUUUUUCUUAUUUUGUAAGAAAUUUUAAGAUGGGGAAGCUGAAUUUUGAGCAUAGUUUUAACAAUGUAGCCAUUCAUAAAUCCAAAGAAAUUAUCCAGUGUAAGUGUAUCCCAAAGAUUUCUGUGUCAUUCCUUUCACUUUGAGAGAUAUGUGUAAUAGCCCACUUAUGAGUAAAGGUCUUCUAGUUAGUAAAGUCUGACUUGCGAAAAAACUAAAAAGACAGCAGAAUGUAGAUGUAGGUGAAUAACUAAAUUUCAAAGGCUAGUACUGUAUGUUUUCUUCUACUAAUACUGGGAAUGGAGAGAGAGAAAUGACUAAAGUAUUUGUUACCUCUGAAUGUUUAAUUUUUUUUAUAAUGACAGAAAUUUAACACUAAAGAAGACCUGAAUUUUUGCAGCUCUCUGAGGAUUAUUGGCAUCUAUCCAGUUGUACAAAAGCUGUGGCAGAUAAUGAAAGCUAUGUCUCCUCUGCUGAAAACAACAAUAAAACCAUAAAGUAACAUGUUA